GCUGCACGUGGGUGCCACGCGAGGGGCGAUGGCGUGCUUCGGCUUCUUCCCAAAAAAGUCGAGCCUUGUAAGCCGAAUGCGAAUGGGAGAUGCAUCUGAUGUCUUCUCUCCAUCCGCCAUGUCCUUCAUUCCCAAGAACGUCAACCACCUCCACCGCCUCGCCUCUACUGCCGCCACCGGCAGCCACAAGGUCGUCGUCAUCGGCGCCGGUGCCGCCGGUCUCUCCGCCGCCAACCAGAUCUACAACGCCUUCAAAGCCCAGGGCCGCACCCUCGCUGACGGCGACGUCGCCAUCGUCGAUGCCAACAAGAGCCACGACUACCAGCCCGGGUGGACCAUCGUCGGCUCCGGGCUCGCCAACAAGGAAGACUACCGCAAGCCCGUCGACUCGUUGAUCCCCAAGCACCUCGCGCAUAUCCCGCAGAACGCUGCGGGCUUUGAGCCCGGGUCGAACCAGGUGGUGCUCGCGGAUGGGAGCAAGGUCACAUAUGAUUUCCUUGUCGUCGCUGCCGGGCUUCAGAUCAACUGGGACAACAUCAAAGGUCUCUCGUCAGCCCUCACCGACCCCCUGAAGAACAAGGUCUCCUCCAUCUACUCUUAUGAAACCGUCGACAAGACCUGGGACCUCAUCCGCGCACACAAGGGUAAAGAGGACGGCGAGUCCAUCUUCACCCAGCCAUUCGGCGUCAUCAAGUGCGCCGGUGCGCCCCAAAAGAUCGCCUACAUGUCCGACUCUUACUGGAAAUCCAACGGCAUCUCGCCCAGGUCCACAUUCAUCACUGGUAUGCCCACCAUGUUUGCCCAGCCUGAAUACUCUGUCGCCCUCAACGCUAUCCGGGAGAAGAAGGGUAUCGACGCCAUCUUCAACACCAACCUUGUCGAAGUCAGGCCAGAGACCAAGAGCGCGGUAUUCGAAGUCGUCGCAGGCGAGGACAAGGGCAAGAAGGUAGAGAAAGAGUACGGCCUCUUGCACGCCGUGCCCCCUAUGGGUCCCCUGAACUUUAUCAAGACCUCCCCCCUAGCCGACGCCGCAGGCUGGGUCGACGUCUCCAAAGACACCCUCCAGCACAACAAGUACCCCAACGUCUUCUCCCUCGGCGACUCGUCCUCCCUCCCCACGUCCAAAACCGCCGCCGCCAUCACCGGCCAGACGCCCGUGCUCACGCAUAAUCUGGUGACGUUGAUGGAGACGGGCAAGGUGGGGGAUGCGGUGUAUGAUGGGUAUACGAGCUGCCCGUUGUUUACUGGGAGGGGAGAGCUGUUGUUGGCAGAGUUCAAGUAUGGGGCGCAGAGGAAGGAGACUUUUGGGCAGUUUGUGGAUCAGCGGAUUCCUAACCGAGCAUUCUACCACCUCACCAAAGACAUCAUGCCCCGCGCAUACUUUAGCAAGAUGCUCAAGGGCGAGUGGUACGGUCCCCGCAUGUUCUUCCCUCCCACUUAUCUUCCUCAAUCUUCAUAAACGCGUCUUCAACUCUUGCCUUGCCUUGUGAGGGCCAGGCUGCAUGAAUGAGGGUUGUGGUUUCGGGAGUUUUGGGGGAUAUAUAAAAAAGCCUUUUCGAAGGCAGUAGGAUAUGGAAAAGAAGUUGUAGAUAUAGAGAGGGAAGGGAAAGGGAGCAUGAGACAUCUAGAUGGGGAUGUAUUGAUCUUGCAUGGUUUUGGAUAUAUCUUUGGUGGCUGAUAGAUGGAUCAUCUUGCACGAAGG